GUAGCUGGUCUUGUACGAAUUGGAAAAGGUUUAUUUUUGUUCUAUUUGAGAAAUUAAAAUAAAUCAUUAAAGAAUUUUUGUUUAUAGGACAUACACAAAACUUGCAAAAUAGCUUUAAAGGUACGAUGCAGUUGAUAAUGAUAAUCAAGUGAAUAACAUAUUAUCUUGCCGUAUCAUAUAGGUACGACAAAAAAUCCAUUGAGUGUUGCACUUGCUUUAUAUUCUGGUCUUUGGGCAUAUGGUGGAUGGAAUUCUCUUAAUUCAGUGACAGAAGAACUAAAAAAUCCUAAAAGAAACCUAUGGUUAUCUAUUGUAUUGGCUUUACCUACUGUUAUAGUCCUUUAUGUUCUUACUAAUAUUUCUUAUUUUACUGUAAUGAACAAAGAAGAAUUGCUUUCUUCUGAAGCUGUUGCUGUAACAUGGGGUGAAGCUGUAUUGGGUCCAGUUGUAUGUGCUUUACCUAUUCUAAUUUCUGUUAGUGCAUUAGGUAGUGCUAAUGCAAAUCUCUUUGGAUCUGCUCGAUAUUGUAUGGUUAGUGCACAGUAUGGAUAUUUGCCAGAAGUAUUUGCAUGUAUUCAUAUACGAAGAUUGACUCCAGUGCCUGGUGUUGUUCUUCAGGUUGUACUGUUAUUUUCUUCCAUUUCAACUAUUAAGCAUAAUAUUAUUAUUUUCCUUGUUUUUUGA